AGCGCCUGCCGGGAGAAGAGGCAGCGCCGAGCGAUAGCGGAGGGAAAGGGGGCGCGGGCGGCGGGGUGUGGAUCCUCUGCAUGGACUUGCGCGCUGAGCGGGGGCGAGCGAGGCUUUCUCUGGCGGAGAGGCGGCGGCGAAGAUGGGCUCUGCGGACGUGCUCAGGGAAACCACGAGGCUGGCCUCCUCCAGCGCCCUUUUGCAGAUACUGUUCCGGCUAAUUACCUUUGGGUUAAAUGCUUUUACUGUACGAUAUGUAUCCAAGGAAAUCAUUGGCCUUGUAAAUGUAAGGCUGAUGCUGCUUUACUCAACAGUUGUUUUCUUGGCCAGAGAGGCUUUUCGCAGAGCUUGUCUGAGUGGAAGCACGAGGAGAAAUUGGACCAAAACAUUUAAUCUUUUGUGGCUAACAGUCCCCUUGAGUGUGUGUUGGUCUCUGUUCCUGGGCUGGGUAUGGCUAGAUAUGCUUGAAAUUCCUGAUGAAAAUGCUGUUCCUCACUACACCUUUGGAGUUGUUGCCUUUGGUCUUUCUGCUGUGGUUGAACUCCUAGGAGAACCUUUUUGGGUUUUAGCCCAAGUGCACUUAUUUGUAAGGCUAAAGGUUAUUGCUGAAAGUCUUUCAAUCAUUUGCAAAUGUUUUUUGACAGUUAUUCUAGUGGUUCUGUAUCCUCACUGGGGGCUUUACAUAUUUUCCUUGGCCCAGCUUUUAUAUACCAGCAUUCUGGUAUUGUGCUACCUAAUAUAUUUCGUGAAGUUUUUGGGUUCUCCUGAAGCAACCAAAAAAUCAUUCCCAGUUACUCAAGUUACAGCUGUUCUACCUAAUUUCAGAAAAGAAGAGGAAUUUGUUGACUGGAAUGAAGCUAGAUUGACUUGGAGUUUCUUUAAGCAGUCAUUCCUGAAACAAGUAUUAACAGAAGGUGAGAAAUACGUGAUGACUUUCAUGAAUGUGUUAAAUUUUGGAGACCAGGGUGUUUAUGAUAUAGUGAAUAACCUUGGAUCUCUGACAGCCAGAUUUAUAUUUUUGCCAAUAGAAGAAAGUUUUUAUGUCUACUUUGCUAAGGUUUUGGAACGAGGGAAGGAUAUCAAGUUGCAGAAACAGGAUGAGAUCUCCAUGGCAGCAGCUGUAUUAGAAUCACUAUUGAAAUUAGUGCUUCUGAUCGGCCUAACCAUCACAGUUUUUGGUUAUGCCUAUUCCCAGUUGGCACUGGAUCUUUAUGGUGGUUCAAUGCUCAGUUUGGGAUCAGGUCCAAGUCUCCUGCGUUGCUAUAGUUUAUAUGUCUUGCUGCUUGCUGUUAAUGGGGUAACAGAAUGUUUUGCAUUUGCUUCAAUGCAUAAAGAAGAGGUGGACAGGUACAACUUUGUCAUGCUUGCUUUGUCCUUUGUAUUUUUGUGCAUGUCAUAUUUCUUGACCUAUUGGCAAGGCAGCAUUGGAUUUAUCCUUGCAAACUGCUUCAACAUGGGCAUCCGAAUAGCACACAGCCUCCAUUACAUCUAUAGAUAUUUUGGAGAAAGCCCUUACAGACCGUUAAAGGGCCUACUUAUUUCACCAUUGCUGCUUGUUGUUUAUGUCGUUAGUGGAGUGAUCACCGGCGUUUCAGAGGGGUUCCUGUGUUGUGAUAAAGGAUGGAUGGCACGGUUAAUUCAUAUUGCUGUAGGAUUGCUGUGCUUUCUAGUAACUCUGGCAACUAUAUUUUUUACGGAGACCAAGCUGAUCGGUUUUGUAAAGACACACAUUUUGUCAAGAUAUUCCAAAGAAGGACUAAAAUGAUCAUGUGCAGGUUCACUUCUGGGUGCUUAUGUUUACUACAUUUAUUUUUAUGUGGAAUAUUAAUGUAUAGGAUAAAGAUGACUUUUAAUAUAAAUCUGAUUCUGUCAGUGAAACAUAUAUGUUGGCAACAAAGUGAUAUUAAGUUAAUUUAAAAUAACAGGCUUGAUUCAUACUAUAAAUGUACAUCAGGGCAAGCAACUUGGUAAAUAGAAGGUUGCAUUGUAAUUAUAGCAUACGUUGGCAGUUAGUACAUGAAUGUUGAUAUUUUACUAAUCAUCAGCACAAGCUAGUGGCUAGAGAGUAUUGUGCAUUCAGUCUCAAAUUGAAUUGCAAAUUAUUUUCGAGACGGAAGAUGUCCAUGACAUAAAACUGGCAGCCAUUAAAAUUUUUGCUCUCAAAUUUACCUCCAACCAAACAGAUUUAGAUAGGUAGCCUUCCAGAAUUUCUUAUAUGCAGGCAAAAUUGUGUGUUGAAUGAUAGUUCAUGUUUGAACUGUUGUGCUUUUCUCUCUUGCAUCUGAACUGUUCAAGCAAAUUCAAAAUUUGCUCUCAAAAAUUCGUACAUUCUAGACAUGGUUCUCUUCCCCCACUCCAAAAAGUACUUUUUGCAUCACAUACUACAAAUCAUAUUCCUAGAAGCAUCCUUGAAGAACAUCAGCUGAUUUGCCCCCAGAUAGCUUGAUUUGGCAGUCAUGCCUAAAAUGAAAGUAAGCAUUAGCUAAAUAAGUAAUAAUUUAAAAAUAACAUCUUCAUAUAUGGAUGCUAUAAAAUGUUUUAGUUUUAAUAGUGUACAAUAUUAUGAGUAUUUUAAUGGAGAUUUGUCUGUUUAUGGCAGGUUCAUUUUAAAAACAAUUAUAUUGGAAGAAUUUUGGAACAUAAGACUUUAAAAUCCUUACAAAUGAACAGGAGUAUCUGGAGAACUGGAAUGAACAAAGCUCUGAACACAGUGUUACCAAAAUAUAUCCAGACAGACUGAUUUAUUUGCAGUAAAGAUGAGAAGUAUUACAAACUUUUGUUUAACAUAAAUACCUAUUUUAGCUGAAGCAAAAAAAAAAAAAAAAAGAACUGAUUCUAGAAACUAUAUCUAGAAAAAUGGUUUCUUCCAAUUUGAGGUAUCAUAUUUGAAUUGCCCAACUUAGGUUAAAGCCCGGCUUUGUUAAAGUCCAUUGUAGUUUUGUCAUUGAUUUCGGUGCAUUAUUUUGUAUCCAGUGACGUCUGUGUAUUGAUUGUAUCCAAUGACAAGGAAACCUAAUAACUUGAAAUGAGUUAUGGAAGUCCAGCAGGGAUUUAAACGUCUUUUGCUGAAUAAUAACUGACAGGAGUUUCAAAAGCAAUUUUAAUCAUUGAUUCCUUUGCCCUCGUAAUAUACUAUUGUCCCUUCCAGAAGUCAGAAAUUAAUUAAUGCAAUGAGUUAAUGUAAUCUCCUUCUUUUAAGCUAAUCGCCGCUUGGGCUCUUAGUCGUUAUUUCUGGCUACUUGUCAAAGAAGCAUUGAUGGAAAAGAAUGAAGCACAACACUCUGCCCCCUUAAUUAAAGAGUACAAACCAUUAUGGUGGUGUCCUAAGCCUUCUCCUGUUCCUGGAAGAGCUCCUUUGGUCUGCGGAAGGGACCGUGGGGAGGAAAUUUUCACCAGUGUUUCUGCUGGCACCCCACACUGUUUCAGAGAGCCUCUGCUUUCGUUGCAGCCAUUCUUUGGGUGUUCAAGGGGCUGCAGUGCGGAGAUGGAAAUUGCCAUUCACCCUCCCCUCCUGAUGGGGAGCAUCCUGUUAAGAGGAUACCAUGGAGGCAGUUCUCCUAUUGAUGGACCAUUAGCUAGGACCCAGAUAAUGGGUUUGGUAUUCAAAAACUUAAUGGCACUAAUUAGUUAUUCAGUGCUAAAAAUGUACAAAUCUUGUGCAUGUACAAAACUGUGUAAGGGACAAAUUCAUCAACAUGCACAGAUCAGACUUGAAUAUUUUAAGAGUGUGUUUAUAGAAUAUAGAUACAGUGUGAUGAUAGUAAUAGUGCAGAGCAUAGUCCUUAACAAAUAUGAAUCACAAGACAAAUACCUAGUGUGGAGAGAUGUUAUCUUUGGCCCACCUCAACAUUUAUACCCAAACAGAUGAAUCUAAUAUGGAGUUUAAGUAUUAUAUGAGUUACAAGUCAAAGUUUAAAUCUCAUUUAGUCUCAAACGUACAUGUCAUCUUCCCUACAAAACUUUAUACCAUAACCAUGAUGUCAGACUCCUUAGUUGGUGUACAGGAGUCCAACAUGAGCUGCACUUUCAGUAUUAGUUUAACGAUUCCUCCCCCCAUAUAUAUGUAUGUAUGUAUGUAUUAAUGAAUGUAUGUAUGUAUAUAUCAGAAUAUGUUGAAUCAAGACUUUAAAAAGUGUAGUGAUAUUUUACAUUUUGAAAUACACUGUUACUGUUACUGUCUAAAUUGCAUCAUCAUCAAAAUCAAAAUAAGGAAAUCUGCCUUGGCUUUGUCCAUUGCUCUUUCACACUGAUUUGCUGUUGUACUGUCCUGUUGUAAUUAUGUAAUUCCUUAAAAUGAGAUUUUCACACACUAAUUCAUCGCUUGUUCCAUCAUCAGGUAGAACUUGAAUUUGCAAAGCAGCCAUCUCAAUACAGGACGUGUAAGGAAUCUCUUAAUAUGUUCUACCAUAACUCAGUGAAUGUACAUGUGUAUACGAGACAGCCAUAAUAGAAGCGCUCAGCUCGUCAGCAAAAGAAAAGUUGUACAAAAUCUGUAAAACCAAAAUGUAACUUGCAUUCUGUUUUCCACAUUGUCCUGGAAUGUUAAUUUGCUCAGAGAAGUAAUUUCUUAGCUUCAGCAAGUUUACAACAGAAAAGAUCAUCUUUGAAUAGCUAAUUGCAGUGCAAUCCUAUGUGAUUGGCAGUGCUAUCCUGCGCAUGUUUAUUCAGAAGUCAAUCUCUGUUAACUGCAUUUAGGAUUGCUGCUUUUGUAUCUUAUGUGAAGAAUAUGAUUUGGCUGUGCUGUAAAUAUUUCAAGCUGCAGAACUAGUCCAAUGCAAUUGAAAUAUUAUUGUGACCUGUGGAGCAUUUUAAAAAUGUACUAGAGCAAAAACCUAUCUAAUCAUUGUCACUUAUUGUUUGAGGUUUCUCACACUUCUUUUACCAUCUGCCAUGAUGCCAUGGGAUAUUCAUAUACAUUGUUACUGCUCAGGGAGAACCUGUCAGCUGUGGAGAGCUGAGAAACCGUGAUAGGGCUUGUUUGCUUGCUUUUGGCUGGAAGAUCAUGGCGACAGGGAGUCCUUUAUGUUGUAGACAGACAGUUUUGACAGGUAUGCUGGAUAAGCAGGGAGGGCUGAAGUUCUAAAUGGGGGAACAACAAAAGUUUAUAGCAAGGCUGAAGGAAUAGGGCAGAACAGGCGGUUGGUUGGGAGACAGAUGUAGGUGAAACAAAGAUGAAGGACAACGUCGCUCAGGAUGCAGAUAGAAAGGCGGUUGUGAGCCGCAUUGCCUCCCUCUGAUCAACACAGGCCUCGGGCUGCUUCUUUUCAUGACACUCUUUAUUGUUUAUCUAGUCUAGUCCCUGAGCAUGCACAAAGCAGUCUGUUGACUCCUUUAUGAGCCAUUCCGUGUCUCCACCCCGGGGGAUACCCUGUGGAAACAGGUCCACCUCUGCUUCUCCUAUUGGUUGUCCCUCUGAUGAUGACAGCAAGCGAUUGGGCCUGCCUCUCCAGGGGGUGGGAGCUCUCCAUUAGGGGGACUUCCCAUUUCAGUGUCGCCUCCCUCUGGCUCUGAUUCCUCAGCAUGGUUCCCCCCAGGGCUGGGCUGCUUGAUCUUCCCACCUGCCCUCUCCCCUCCCUUUGGGUCUCAUACCUUGAACCACACCUGGCGUCAGGGCCAUUUCUAAAACAGUCUCAUCCUCAACAUUGGAAUCCGAAUCAUCAGCACAACCAGCAGCGGAAGCCUCCACUGAGUGUGCCUGAAGUUUGACAGGAUGUGCGCACCGACAAAGGCAUGUGUGCCAUUGGGAGGAUGGCAGCGAUCCGGUACGGGAGCUUUGGAAGUUGGAGAGCUGCAGGUGGAGAGAGGCUGGAGGAAGUGGCCUGACUUUCACUUAACUAGACCUAUCUGUAAAAGAGAAGAUUCAUCAGAGUAUUUUCUCUGUGCCAUGUACAUAAAAUUACAUUUGGGCCUAACAUUAAAUUUGGGGUGUUCUUAAUCAAAUCUCAAUAAUAGG